CCGAACUAGUUUCAACACGUGUCUCCCGUCACCAUGGCCAACCGACCCCAUAUCAAACACACCCAUGUGUACACCACCCACCAAGCAACCGAUCUUUAUAUCGACGUCUACUUACCGCAGCUUACUGAAUCGGAAACACCCAAACCCAUUAUCCUGUGGCUCCACGGAGGCUACCUUAUCACAGGCACCCGCAACGCCAUCCCCACAUGGCUCCUCAACUACGCCCUCGCCCAACAGUGGCCACUAGUCUCCCCCGAUUACCGAGUCCUGCCUGAAUCCACCGGCCUUGACACCAUCGAAGAUGUCCUCUCCGCAUACAAAUGGGUCGUGCAAUCCCUGAAUCAACUACACCCCGAAUGUCGUGCAGAGCCGAGCCGUAUCAUUGUCGCCGGUGCAAGUGCUGGCGGCUGGUGCGCUCUCGUCAGUGCACUGCACUUUUCGACAUCUGUUGAAACAAUCCCGCCACCUUGCGCGCUCUUCCUACUCUAUCCGAUGACGGAUCCCGGCAGCGAGAAAUGGGCACAGAGCGUAUCGUUACCCGGAGCGACAGUUGACCCUGAUACAGCGCGAGACUUGUUGGAGGAUAUACCGAGACGGAUUGCCCGGGGCGAUAUAAGCGUGGGAGAGGAGUUUCCCAAGGCGGAAGAGGAACUUCGGACUCGGAAACGUUUACCUUUGCUUUAUGCGAUCUUGGAGAAGGGGGUGUUCUUGGAUUAUUUGACUGGGGUGGCUAGAUUUGGGCAGAGCGUUGUGAGCGGAGGGUUGGAGCGGCUGGUGGAUGAGCGCGCGAAACGGCUGUUUCCGCUUGAUUUUGGGGAGUUUGGGUCGUCUUUUCCACCCACUGUUGUUGUGCAUGGCACUGCGGAUGGGGAGAUUAGUUGUGGGGAAAGUGAGAAGCUGGUUAAGAGGUUGGCGGAGGGUGGUGUUGGGGUCCAGUAUCUUCCGGUGCCGGGGGCGGAUCACGUUUUUGACCUUGAGCUGCAGGAGUGUCGGGUUGCUGAGGGGGGCUCUGACGAGCCAAGUGCUGUUCUUUCACGCGCCCUGCAGGCAUUGAGAAGGCAUACCGAUGCAUACUGACAUGGUGCUUUCUGUCACUCGUGACGAGGACAUACCCACGGCAUGGGCCUGCACUAUAGAAAAGCUCUCUUCUCGAUCAUAGAAGCCAGUAUUUACGUUACUGCAUUCAGUGAGUUUUGUAUUGCCCAAGAGACAUGUUUAGUGGUUUUGAGGGAUUCAUUUGUCGAAAAGUCACAGGUAUUUUAGGUCCAGGGAGUGGGCUAGGAACACUUGCAGUGACGCGGUAUCUAGCCUGGCACAAGUAAAUGUGAAAAACAAAAAGAAUACCCUACCAGGAAAUAGAGAGAAGCUCGUUGAG